GACAGAGGGCAGCAGCGCGAAAAGGGGAAGAAGAGAGAAAGACACACGAAGAGAAUUUUGGUGGACAGCGGCAAUUUUAAGGUCUUUCAAUAAUCGCGAAAAAGUACCUUUUCCGCAUAUUGUUAUCCCGCAAUUUCCGGUGCAAUCGCAAGUGUGGCUACCCGUGGUGGCUGGCAGUGUACUCACGUGCAGGAAGUGAUGUGAUUUUGGGGAGAAAAAGACGCAAUUCUUCGCGCGGGGGGAACCCAGCAUCGCACACUCUUCCGUCGUCUCAUCCACCACAGGCGCACACACACACACACACGCGCACGGGCACUCGGGUUCUGUGUCAAUGUCACGAACGCUGGGUUAGUAGUGUGUGGCGCGAAUGUGGCGCUCUCCGUCGUCACGAAAUAGAAUAAUGUCGGGAGUGUAAAGCAGAGAGUGGCCUACAAACCUAUUUUCACUCAACUUUUCAUUUCCAUUUUGGGGAUUAUUUGGGCAACUUUUUCGGGACUUCCAUGCACAAUGGUGCACCUGCAUUGGUCCCCAGUGUCUCUGUGAAGGUACCAACACAUCGCGGAAUCACCUUCACUCUCGCUUGCGCGUCUUGCUGAAGAGAAGAGUUUGGGCUCUGUGAGAAGAAAAAGGGGGAAGAAGGAGUGUUUUCUGCUCAAUUUUUCAUUGUACAUACUGUGUGUGAGGGAGAGAAGAGGAAGUGCGAGAUUUUCUCCCGGAGGAGAGUGCGAGUGACAUAUUUCGCGUGACGCAGGAACAGUCCAUCCUCAGUUGUACCCACGGGAACAUCACCCUUUGUGCGCUCAAAGACACGAAGGAACGUGUAGUGUUGGUGGAGACACCGAAGCAGGAAGUCCACACGGCGGGGAGGGGCACUUUGAUGUGACUUCAGUAACCCACCACCACUACAUCAAUCCGGGAAGUGAGACAACAGUGUAAGAUGCCCGACGAGGAGACCCCAACCACGGGAUCAGCUACAUCCACACGUAUUGCCACGAGCACCAGUAGCAAUUCGAGUGCUUCCGGGAGUGACUGCCUCCUCGAUAGUGGGGGACUUUGUGAGAAAAGUGGUGUCAUCGUUGAGCUUCCACUCCCCCUGGAUGGGGUACAAGUGGACGAUGGUGGAUGCACAACCCUAGUCCCGGAUCAAUCAUCCCAACUUGCGGAUUCCCUGGAAAUUGACAAGUCCGAUGUUAUUGCCUACGAGGAUGCUUCAGAAGCUGGAUAUUCUGACAGUGGGGCUGGGGGUGGUGGCAGCACAACCGGCACAACGGCCGGUAGUGGAUCCCUCGGGGCAGCAACGCAGCAAAGCUACAUCUCCCUCAUACCAGGUGUUGGGGGUGGUAUGGUGCCGUGCGAUCAGACGGAUCUCAAGGAUUUAAUUGAGGAACUGUGUCCUGUGUGUGGGGACAAAGUGUCCGGCUAUCACUAUGGUUUGCUCACGUGUGAAUCGUGCAAGGGCUUCUUCAAGAGGACUGUGCAGAAUAAGAAAGUUUACACCUGUGUUGCCGAACGACAGUGUCACAUUGACAAGACACAGAGAAAACGCUGCCCCUUCUGUCGCUUCCAGAAGUGUCUCGAGGUCGGGAUGAAACUAGAGGCUGUUCGUGCGGAUAGAAUGCGUGGUGGUCGAAAUAAAUUUGGACCAAUGUACAAGAGGGAUCGUGCAAGAAAGUUGCAAAUAUUGCGACAACGGCAGCUCGCCCUGCAAGCUCUGCGCGGCCAAAUGGGUGCCUCGGAUGGCUCACAAUCUCAACUGUCUCCCACUGGUUACCAGCAGCCGUACACUAAUAUGCACAUAAAGCAGGAGAUCCAAAUUCCACAGGUAUCAUCGUUGACGUCCUCUCCGGACUCCUCACCAAGUCCCAUUGCCAUUGCGCUUGGGCAGGUAAAUACAGGGGGUACGACGGUAAUGUCAAUCGGCGGUAGUGUCGGCAGUGGCGGUGCGGGCGGGGGAGGUGGCGGCGGAGGCGGAGGCGGCGGUGGCGGUGGUAGCAAUGGCCCGACGAAUCCAUCGACAACAGCAAUAGCCACGAUACAAAAUACAAUGACGGACUCAAAGCUGUGGUAUGCCAAUUCAACGACAGCAUCGCCGCAUUCGCUGAGUCCCAAAGCCUUUAGUUUCGACGCCAAUACCAAUCCCACAAGUACAGCAGAUUCCGGGAGUUUUGUGGAGACGCUCAGGGUAUCACCGAUGAUUCGUGAAUUUGUACAAUCAGUCGAUGAUCGUGAGUGGCAGACGCAGCUAUUUUCCCUCCUGCAGAGUCAAUCGUACAAUCAGUGUGAAGUGGACCUCUUUGAGUUAAUGUGCAAAGUGCUAGAUCAGAAUUUAUUUUCUCAGGUGGAUUGGGCAAGAAACACCAUUUUCUUCAAAGAUCUCAAGGUGGAUGAUCAAAUGAAGCUGCUGCAGCAUUCAUGGUCAGACAUGCUAGUGUUGGAUCAUUUACACCAGAGAAUACACAAUGCAUUGCCGGAUGAGACGACGCUCCACAAUGGGCAGAAAUUCGAUCUGCUCGGACUGGGGCUGCUGGGGGUGCCACAGCUUGCGGAUCACUUUAAUGAGCUGCAGAAUAAGCUGCAAGAGCUGAAAUUCGAUGUUGGUGAUUACAUUUGCAUGAAGUUCCUGCUUCUCCUCAAUCCAGAGGUUCGUGGCAUUACCAAUCGGAAGACCAUCCUCGAGGGUUAUGAGAAUGUUCAGGCUGCCCUUUUGGAUUACACCCUCACGUGUUAUCCAUCGGUAACGGAGAAAUUCAGCAAAUUGCUCAGUAUUAUUCCGGAAAUCCAUGCAAUGGCUGAGAGAGGUGAAGAUCAUCUCUAUGUGAAGCAUUGCGCCGGAGGAGCACCCACCCAGACACUCCUCAUGGAGAUGUUACAUGCAAAGCGGAAGUAAAAGAAAUGCAGAAGAAAAAACAAGGAACACCAUCGCCGGAGGAGAAAAAAGGUAAAGAAAAAGGAACAAAGUACAAGAUAGAAAAAAAAAUGGGGAAAUGCUGUGACCACACCAGGAGGGGCAAUUUAUUCGUCAUAACACAGAAAAGUUGUGAAGGAGGAAGGAGAGGAAACCACAUCCACGUGUGCAUAAGAAUAUUAUAUAAAAAAAAGAGAGAAAAAGUAUUAAGUUUAUUGACAUUUUGGCGUGGUUGAUGGAAUUUCUUUUCCCACAUCGGAAGGGAAAAGCCACAGAAGCGAAAUAAAAAGAAAAAUCGGAGUCACUUUCCAUCACAUUGUUUUCUAGAAACAUCCAUUUUUUUUAAUUAAUUAUUAAUACUUUUUAUUUUCUUUUAUCGUUUGUUCAUUGAAAUUAAGAAUUUUUUUUGUCUAACUACAAACUUCCAGUUCUUUUUGACUGUGGUGGCAGCUACAUGAAAAAAAAAUAUGGAAUAUUUUUUUCAAUUUCAUUUUUUUCUUUUAGGGAUAUAUAAAUCAUUUUUAAAAGAUGAAGAAAAACUUAUUAGUCUAUCACUGAAUGUUUCUUCAAUCAUCUACAAAAAAAAUAUCCACACACAAGAAAAACUCAUACGUUACCAUUUCAUCUCAGCGAAUUACUAAUUAUUUUAUUUUUUUUAAUUAAUUAUAUUUUUUUUGUAAAUUGAUUUUAUAUUAACGAUGAAUUUUGAGAGAAUUUAUUAUUGAAAUCAGGAAGAAUUUCAAAUGUAACACGUUUGGAAUCUCUUUCUUAUUAUAUUCUUUUAAUUUGAGAGGGAAAUGGAUUUAAUUUUUUUUUCACCACAAAAUUUGGAAUAAUGCGAGAGAAGAGAAAAAACAAUCACCAGUGCAAUAUUUUCUAAUUUUAUUUUGUGUUCUAGGAAAGGUUAAUUCCGUGCAUGUUUAUCCACUUUGCAGGACAAUUUGGGGAGGAAUUAAUAAAUUUCUUUUAUAGCAUUGUCUCUUUUGUGAGAUAGUAAAAGAAAUUGAGGAGUUUGGGAUUUAGUCGCACGAUGGCGCUGUUGUGGGAAAUUCUGGGAGGUUGCUUUUUGAGCUUUAAAAGGUAAUUUCAAGCUACAAUUAAUUUAAAUAUUUGAAAUUGAUUUUUUUAUUCUAAUUUUAUUUUGGUUAGCAAAAAUAUUGUUUAUUUUCAUUAAAAAAAAUACAUUCGGCUCUAUUUUUGUCAUAACCUCAAUUUAAAUGUGAGGUUAUGAAUUUUCUAAUUCUUUUAUUGUUAAUUUCCUGCAAAGUAGAUAAAUUGAAAUUCAUUACAAUACCUUAACUACAGAGAGAGAAAGAACUAAAAUAGUUCUCAAAGCAUUAAAAAAAAAACAUUAAGCCAAUUUAAAGGAAAAGGUUUAAAACAAACAAGAGAACUUGUGGCUCACUCUGUAGUUGGGAAAAUUUCCUUUUUUUCUGGAAUAUUAAACAAGAUAGUUCAAGAACACAGGGUGUCAAAGUUUCACGAAGUAAAUAAAUAAAUAAAUUACCUACCAUAGAAAUCCAAAAAGAGCUUUCAAAAUUACAAAGCUUCCCUUGAAAGAAAGAAGAAAAAAAGUAAAGCAAAGUAAUUUUUGAGAGCUUCUUUGUGGAAUCAACUUCUGCACACUCACCAUCACUCAGUUGUUACCGCUUAAGAGAUAAUUUAGAAGAGAAAAAUAAAAGAAAUAUAAAAAUGAUAAUAAAACUACAAAAACAGAAAUAACUUCCGUGGAUGCUACUAAUUGAAAACUUCCAUCACUUUCCUUCUAAAUGAGGAUUGACGUUGAAGAGUUUCAAUGAAAUUCUGUAAAUACAUAAUUACAAAUGAAAAAAAAAAUCACAGUGCUUAUAGAAAGAUAGAGAAAAAUAUCUAAAAGAGAGAAAAUUUAUUUUUUGGUACAUUUUAAAAGGAAAGUUUUAUGAAAGUGCAACAACUUGCCUUAUUGCAGAAAAAUUUAUUAAGAAGAUGAAUCACUAAGAAAAAAAGAAACUCCAUAAUAUAAAAAAAUGGUUAUAAUAAAGUACAAAAUGAUACUUAUAUUAGAAUGAAGAUGAAUGAAGAUUUAUAGUAAAUUAUUUUUGUAAAUAGACGGCAGUAAGAUAUAGGUAGAGUUAUGAAUAAAAAAAAAUACACAGAUCUUAGGGAAGAGAUUUUGGGGGGAAAAGGACAAAAUGUUUAGGGAGGAAGGUGAGGAUGUUCAAUUUGUAGCAAAGAAAAUUCACGAAAGCUCCACAGUCGUGUAAAAUUUAAACAGAAACUAAAAUUAAAAAUAAUAGAUAUGACGUGAAAUAUUAAAUUAAAUUAAAAAAAAAACAGUGAAUGAAAAUUGCACCUCUAGUUGAAAAUGCAUGAAAAUCAACGAAAAAAAGAUCUUGCAUUAAAUGUCAAAGACCUGUCAUUUGGGUCUGUCACAGACCUGUCAUUUGGAUCUGUCAAAGACCUGUCAUUUGGAUCUGUCAAAGACCUGUCAUUUGGAUCUGUCAAAGACCUGUCAUUUGGAUCUGUCAAAGACCUGAUGAAGCAGGGAAAGAUAUCCGAAUAUUUUAAUGAAAAAAAAAACACAAAAUGUAGAUCACCUCACGUUGAUUUUCGUGUGUUUUCGGCUUUAAAAUUAAUCCUACGACACAAGAUAAAAUAUAGAGAAAACAAAAAAAUAUAAUAUCAAAUUAUUUUGAAGUUUCAAAAGAAGAAGAAGCAUGGAAAAAAUUGAAAAAGAUAAACUAUUUUAAAUAAGAUUUUACUUGAAUGUUGUGGAAGAAUUAUUAAUGAAAAAAAAAUAAAGAAGAGAAAAACAAAUAGGGUCUAAAGCCGAUCUUCGUCUAUAGAUUGUAAAUAAAUAAAAAAUAAAUAAAACUAAAAGUCAAGAAAGGAAUAUAUUUUGUGGAAGAUUGUUUGAUCAAGAAACUGUGAAAGGUAAACCAAUGGAGUGAUAGAUUAGCCAGGUAGGAAAGAAAGAAAAAAUAUAUAUUUUGAUGAGGUGUACACAAAAGGAAGAAAAAGAAAGAUAUUUAAAAGAAAAUAUAUUUUAUUUUUCCAUCAAAACUACAAAUUUAAUGUUACUAUGAAAAAUGUGAGAGAUAUAUAUUUGAAAGGAUAUAAAACAAACAAUUAAUAGAUGAGACAUUAUAGGAAGUACAAGAAAGUGUAAAUUAAUGUAAAAAAAAUAUUAAAAAUAGGAUAUGCAAAAGUAAAAAAAAAUCUGUAAAUGUAGAUAUCACAAAAAAAAACUUUCUCUAACACUUUGAUGAAGAAAAAAAAAUGAAUUGCAAAGAAAAUUCUUUUAAAAAAAUCUCUUUGAAACGAGCAUUAUUUUUUUUUUAAUUUUCAAGAGAUAAAAAAUUUAAAUUAUCUUUUAUUUUUUGGUACAAUUAAAUCUAGACUUGUGGCCUACAUAUUACAAUACGAAGAAAAGGAAAGAAAAGGGAUGAAGAGGAAAACCUAAAGGAGUUGGAAGUGUGAAGAUUUAAUUGAGGGGCUCUUGAGAAAUUCCAUAAAUGUGUUGUUUUUUGUUUCUAAAUCAAAUUUAACACAAAAAUAGGAACAAAAUUAAUUGAAAAUAAAACUUCCACUUGAUCUCUUAAAAUUAAGAGACGAGCCUUCAUGUGAACAUCACAACGGAACGCAAAAGGCGCGCAAAAGAAUGGUGUUGGUUGGAGGAGAGAAAAUUCUGUGAUAAAGUUUUUCUCAUUUUAUUGCUCAAUAGAGGAGCAAAUUCUCUAUUUUUUUGUAUCCUUCCUUGCAAAAUGAAUCCUUUUCAAUUUUAUUUUGAGAAGAAAAUUAAAAAAGUUUAUUUCAAUUAAUUUUGUUCUGAAUCCCUCUCAAAAAAAAGAAGAAGAGAAAGUACUACGGUGUGGUGGCUCAAGAAGACAAGAAGAAGAUUCAAAAUGGGCUUAAUAUACGCGAUUUUGUGUCCCAAUUGCACCUUGCUCCGAAAUAUAUUUUUUUAAUCUAAUUUUUGAAACCCAAACUGUGCAAGAAAUAAAGAGCCAAAGGCUCGAAUUUUUAAAAGUAUUGUGUGAGUAAACACAGAGUGGGAUUAUUGAACUGACACAGAGUUUUUUAGUGAGUUUUUUAAUGAGAAAUUAUUUCAUCAGGUAGCACGUAGGCCUGAUAAUUUGGAUGACUUUUGGGGUUAAAAAAAAACGGUGCUAAAGAGAAGUUUAGGAUAGUUGGCCUCAUGAUGGAUUGAUGUUUUUUUUUUGUAGAAAUUUUAACCUCAAAAGGAUUAAAAGAAUAUUUAAAAAAAAAACGAGGAAACUCAGGGAUUGUUGAUUCAUUUUGUGGAUCAACACUUUAGAUUUAAGAUUAUUCUUUCACCUAUUUUGCAGUGUGAAGACUUUAACCUAGUCGUGGUCUUUGACUGAACUACAAAUUUCUUGGCCUAAAUUGAUGGAAAAUAGUGGUUUAGUGGAGUUAGGACUGAGGUUAAAGUCCUCAAAGAUUUUUCAUUUAAAUGAAUUUUCAGUUAAAUAUUUAACUUAAUUCAUACAUUUAAAGACAUUGACGGGGUUAAAAGACUACAACUUUAAGCGAGAGAUUAGAAAGCUUGAAGCAUCUAGAGCUCUAUGUGUGACAACCCCGGUUAAGGAGAAUAUUCAGCUAUAUAUGGGAGUUGCCGUAGAUCGAGAAAACAAUUUUAACCAGAAGGAUCUUGAAGAGAAUCAAAGAAGAAUGAAAAAUCAUCAAAGAAACUCCCUAUUUUUUCUCUUUGGCAUCGCAUAGAAAAAACCAGCAAAGAUUUUAUUAAAAAUGCCCAAAACAUUAAAGAAACAUUAAUGCGAAUGUUUUGAAACAUUUUUUGUGAAAUCUUUGCUGGCUUUUUUCUAUGUGAUCCCAGAGGAAAGUGAUAGGCCUUUAUGAAGUUUCUUUAUCCGUUUUUGAUUCUCUACAAGAUCUGAAUAACCUCCUUUUGACGAAAUUAACACUUGGAGGAUCGAGGUUUCUAACCUCAAAAGUUUGACCUUUAUUUUCUCUUAAAAGAAAAUGUUUUUCCAAGUUUUCUUUCGACGAUCUUGAUGUAAUAAAACUUCCUUACACACAGAUGUAGAAAUUAUCACAAUAUUUUUAAGAGAUUUUAUUCUCUGACGAUUUAAAAAAUGUCGUAUUGGCCACUUUGGCCAGCAAAAUCCUUCAAGGGUUAAAAGUUUUCGUUUCUAAAACUAAUAAUUUAGAAACAAUUUAGGACUUUCUGAAAAAGUUAUAUUCUAUUUUAUAUGAUUUAAAAAACAAGGUUUGUUCUAAAUGUUUAAAUUGACGUCUUGUUGGAAAGAAUCUCAUUUCGCUUUUAACAUCUUUGUCCACUUUUGAUUGAUUUCUGUUAAUUUUUUUUCUGGAAGAUCUUUGGGAGAGUUCCAGGAGUUUAAACAUGAUAAAAUCAAUAUUCAGAUCUAUUCAGCGAUCAAGAAUUCCUUGAAAUUUCAAGAAAUCUUAGAAAAUUUCAAUAAUUUUAUGGAUUUCUUGGUCGCUAAAUUGAACCGAUUAUCACAAAUAUUUCUUUAAGAAGAAGAAAAAAAAAGAAAAUUCUGAAAAUUAAUUUAGAAAUAAAAAAGAAGAAAUUGAUACAAUUUAUCUGAUUUAUGACUUAAUAAAUAAAAAUUUUCAAAUACAAAAAUUCAGCAAUAUUUCUCCGUGUCAGUUCAAUCACUCCUCACUGUGAAAAUAGCAGCUUGAAAGAUAUGUUAAACAUAUUUCUUUGGCUGAAAAAAAAAUUGAAUGUUUCAAUCAAAAUUCUCUUAAUUCUCAAAGAAGAAUAAAUUUGUAAAUAAUUUUUUGUCAGAGAAUAUUUUUAUUUUUAUAAUAUAUUUUUGUACGUCAUACUUAAAUAAAUUAAAAAAAAAUUCUUUUAUCAAUAAAAGGAAAAAAUAAACAUUUCGUGCGAAAUUAAGGAUAUGGGGGACAGAGGAAGAGAAAACAUUCCAUUUGGGCGUGUGGGUGGGUUUUUUUGGCCGAGGCGGGAAAUGAAAGGAAAAUUUCGCCAAUCGAGCAAGGUGCUGAUGAAAAGAAAAAGAAAAUUGAAAGAAUUUUAUUUUUCGGCAAAAAUAGAAAUUAUUUCUGCAAUUUUUCCGCAUCUGUUGCAAACUUAUCGUGAACAAAUCACACAAAAAAUGAAUUAAGAAAAAUAAUUGAGAAAAAAAUCUUAUUAGAUGUAUGUUUAUAAGGAGUUUUAUCUCUUAAGGUUGCUGUUGAAGAUGGAAGUAAAAUUUCAAACAAAAAAAAAUUACAAAGAAAAAGCAAAAAAAAAAACAAACGCGAUGGUACCUACCUUAAUGUGUUUUUCAUUAAUUUUUUUUUCUUAUAGUUGUAAUUAUAAAUAUAUAUAUAUAUAUAUUUGAAAGAAAAGUUGAGAAGAGAAAAUUUAAUUUAAAGUUGUAUAUUUUGUAAAAUUCUACACUGCGUAAGAUCCCCCCUCCCCCUAAUUAGUUACUACAAUACACGUUAUGGAAGUAAAAAUCUUUGUAAAAUGUUGCAUAUAAAAUGAUGAUGAUGAAAAAUAUCUCUAGGUUAGUUUAAACAAAAAAAAAGUGAAGAUAAUAACAAAGUUUAAAAAAAAGUGAAAAUGUAAUUUAAAAAAUGAAAAGUAAAACCACAAAAAAUCACGAAAGUUUAUGACAAAAAAAAAACAUGUAAAAUGCAAGGAAUCUGAUAAGUCAAAGUGGAGAAAAAAUUGCUUGGAGAGCUUUUUUCUUUUUUAUUAUUUGAAAAAGAAUUAUGUUAAUAAUGGUAUUUUUUGUGAGUUGGGAGACAAUGAGAAGCUUUUUAUUUAAUAAUUUUGUUAAUUAAUUUAAUUAAUAAUUUGAUAAAAUACACCCACACACACAAAUAAAUGUGACAACAGGAAAAACCCACAAAUUUUGUUAAAAAAAAAAAAAAAUUUCAAAGAAAAUCCGACGAAAGUUUGCAAAUUAAUUAAUUUUUUCAAAUAUUGUUUUUACAUAAUUUCUAUUAUCUUCUUUUUUAUAAAUAAUCUUUUGUAAAGAAAAAAUGAAAACUAAUUUCCAAUUUUGGAGUUGAUCUUUUUUUUUUCUUUUUGCUCCAAAAUAGGAUACAGAAAGUGAAAAGAAAAAAAAACACAUAUUUUUGCAAAGGAAAACACAAACCAAUAAUUUUACCAAUAGCUUAACAUUUUAAAAAGUUGUCCCUUUUGAGGAUGAACAAAGUAAUAACAAGAGAUAUGUUUUAGAAAAGAAAGAAAAUCAAUUCACAACACUUUAUGUAUUUUAUUUUUUGAUUGUUUUUUUAAGUAAAAAUUAAAAGAAAAGAAAACCGUGAAUAUAACUAUUUAAAGAAAAAGAAGAAAAAAAACUUUAAAAUAAGUGAGAGAAGGUUUAAUUUAAUUUACAAUUAAUAUACAGAGAAGAAAAAACAUAAAUAGUGUGUAGAGAGAGAUAUCUAUCUGAUUGUAAUGAGAUGGAGUAUGGAAAAUGUAUAAUUAAUACUUAAAAUUAUAUUUUCUGUAAAAUAAAAAUUUAUGUAUUAAA